CAUGACACCACGAAACCAAAUUAAAAACUGCGCCUUCUCUGUCUCUGUUUGUUCUUCUCACUUCAUAUUCUCUCUCUGUGUAUAUCUCUUCACUCUUAUUAUUCCUUCUCUUCUCAACGACGAUGGAGGAGCCAUCAGCAGCAACAACGUUGUUGCUGAACAGCGAAUAUUCGAGGCUGUUCGUCGAGGACACGGACUUGUACAAUCGCAUUGUGUUGGGAACCCUCUUGCCGCACUUCGUGUGGGGCCCACUCCCGCACUUCCUCCAGACGUGGCUUCGCAAUUACCUCGGCGGCGUCCUCCUCUACCUCCUCUCCGGCCUCCUGUGGUGCUUCUACAUUUAUUAUUGGAAGCGCAACGUUUAUGUUCCCAAAGAUGCUAUUCCCUCUCGAAGAGCCAUGCUCUUGCAAAUAUCUGUUGCUAUGAAAGCCAUGCCUUGGUACACUUUGCUUCCAACUGUUUCGGAGUACCUGGUAGAAACUGGCUGGACAAAGUGCUAUCCUAGAUUAUAUAAUGUUGGUUGGCUUGCAUACCUUGUGUAUUUAGCAAUUUAUCUAAGUAUUGUAGAGUUUGGUAUUUAUUGGAUGCACAGAGAACUGCACGACAUAAAACCGCUUUACAAAUAUCUUCAUGCUACCCAUCACAUCUACAAUAAACAGAACACUCUCUCCCCUUUUGCUGGUUUGGCAUUUCACCCUCUUGAUGGGAUACUUCAGGCAUUACCUCAUAGCCUUUGUUUGUUUUUUAUGCCAAUCCAUUUUACUACACAUUUAGUCCUCAUAUUCAUUGAGGGCAUUUGGACUGCUAAUAUUCAUGAUUGCAUUCAUGGAAAAUUGUGGCCUGUUAUGGGUGCUGGUUACCACACCAUUCACCACACUACAUAUCGGCACAACUAUGGCCACUACACCAUAUGGAUGGAUUGGCUAUUUGGAACUCUUCACAACCCCGAGGAGGACGAGGGCAAGGCUAUGUGAUGAAUUGCAGACUUACAUUGGCAGUCAUUUAUUAUCAUGUUUGGAUUGUUGAAAUGUGCUUACUUGCAUGUAAAGCAUAAAUGUGUUAGCUAUAUUUUUCUGGUGUUUCAUCACAAGGUGAUGGCUCUAUAUUAGAGAGACAGGGUUGAGGGUUAAAGUGGAGCUUCCCUGUCUCUAAUCCCAUUGUUAGUGUAUGUGAUUGAGGUUAUUUUCUUUCUCAAAUUGUGUGGUAGAGUUGAGAUAGUAAUGCAGUUUUUUCUUUUUUGAAGGUAAUGCAGUUUUCUCUAGAUGUGAGAAUAGAUGGUCUCCUAUUAAUGCUU